CAAUAAAUCACGUCUCUCCGUUAGGGUGGCGUUUACCUCCCCGCCGGUUGAGAUGAUUCUGAUAAUUGAUAGCAGUGAAUCCUCGUUAUGCUUGUAAUAUUGCACUGCUGAUCUUUUUAUCUCAAUGGGCUGUUGCUAUUCUGCCGUGGGUAAUCGGGUUCCUGGCCAUGACGACCCAGUGACUCUUGCUUCUCAAACAGCUUUCAGUGUUAGUGAAGUUGAAGCAUUAUUUGAGCUAUUCAAGAGCAUAAGCAGUUCCGUAGUUGAUGAUGGGCUAAUUAGCAAGGAAGAAUUCUUAUUAGCUUUGUUCAAGAACAAAAAGAAACAGAACCUGUUUGCAAACAAGAUUUUUUCUCUUUUUGACGUUAAGCAUAAGGGGGUCAUUGAUUUUGGUGACUUUGUUACAUCACUUAAUGUUUUCCAUCCUCAAGCUCCACUAGAGGACAAAAUUGAUUUUUCGUUCAAGCUUUAUGAUUUGGAUGGAACGGGAUUCAUUGAGCGCCAUGAGGUUAAGCAAAUGUUGGUCGCACGUUUGCAGGAGUCUGAGCUGAAACUGGCUGAUGAGACCAUUGAGAUGAUAUUAGACAAUACAUUUUCAGAGGCGGAUGGAGACCGGGAUGGAAAGAUAGACAAAUCAGAAUGGCAUGCUUUUGUAUUCAAGAACCCUUCCCUGUUGAAGAUAAUGACACUUCCUUAUCUAAGGGAUAUUACAACAACAUUUCCGACCUUCGUUUUCAAUUCUCAAGUUGAAGAGACAGUAGAAGGUUUUUGGCUUAAUUCUUGUAGAAAUCUUUAGUGCCAUUCUUGCCGAUUGUAACUAAAAAAUGUGUUGAAA